AUGAGAAGCGAAAGGACUGCCCUCACGCACCGAAUCACUGACGAAGAGGAGUCGGCGAUCGUUUACGAUUCUCUCGACACCUGGUGGUACAAGCUCCAGCAGAAGAAGUUGUGGAUCGGAAUCGGCGUGGUGGUUGUGGUUGCGGUGCUGGCCGCCGUGGUGCUGAUCGUUGCGUUGAGCGCCGGCCUGUCCGAUGACGACGACAAUGACAACAAGCACAAGGGCACCAACUACUAUGAGAGCGUGACCGCAACGAACAUCCAGAAGCACCUGGCCAAGCUCUUUGCUACGGUGCGUGUGCCUUACCACUCUCUUUGCUGCUACAACAUGCCUCACAUCUAA